AUGUCUUCUUAUCACUAUUAUGGAAACGAUGAAGGAGAAACGAUUCCAGGUGACGUGGAAGAAUUAGUCGUUCAUCCUGCCGUGCGAGAGAUUCCAUACAAAGCUUGUCACUGCUUCGAACAGCUGACACACGUCAAAUUCAAUAAGGGAGGGUCCUCUGUCAGAGCAAUCGGAAAGGAUGCCUUUCAUGGAUGCGUGAGCUUGUUGGACAUUGAAAUUCCUCCAUCUGUGACGAUCAUUGGAGAUUGGGCCUUUGCGGGUUGUCGGUCAUUGUCCAAAGUUCGUUUUGCGGAAGAUAAUAAUGGCUCAUCAUUAUUAUUAUUCUCAUUGACUACCAUUGGAGAGAUGGCGUUUGCCAGCUGUUCCUCAUUAAUCGAAAUCAACAUUCCCUCAAGCGUGGAGACCAUUCGAUCAGACGCCUUCCAUUCCUGCACACUCUUGGAAAGAGUAUUCUUUCAGGAGGGACUGAAAGAAAUUGAAAAAGGUGCAUUUACUGCGUGUGUCCAACUGGAAAAAGUGGAUAUUCCGAACUCUCUUGAAACCUUGGGCGGCUAUGCCUUCUAUAAAUGCAGCUCAUUGCAGGAAGUGAACUUUGGGGAAGCGAACUUGAGGGUGAUUGAAUACAGCGCUUUUGAGAGAUGUGUCAAAUUGCAAACGAUCCGUAUUCCUUCCACUGUGGAACGCCUGGAACCAAUGACAUUCAAGGACUGCGAUUCUUUGCGGGUUAUGCACUUUCAGAAUGGUCUCAAAUGUCUGGAAGAUCAAGCCUUUUACUCGUGUAAGAAUCUACAAGCAGUUGCACUGCCGGACUCGGUAGAAGAGAUUUAUAUGCGGGCAUUUGAAGAAUGUCCCAAGUUGGUGUCUGUGGAAUUGGGGGAUCAUCCUAGAACUGUAACGAUACAUGACGAGGCCUUUUCGGGAUGUGAAUCUUUAGCCAACAUUUGUCUUCCCCCGCCCUACGCAUCAUCACCAGCAGCCACGACAGCGACAGCGACAAUGACAACAAGUACACGUACCACAGGAGCUAUUAUUAGCGACAGCUUUCUAGGCUGCACAGCGCUGGAGAAUCAAUACGGCGAAACCUUCACCCGACUUGCCCUGAUGAAACGAUUCGAGCACUUUCCGAUACACAAGAAAUGCUACCAUGCCUCUGUUACAGCAACAGACGACCUUGCCAAAGAGAUUCUUAGAAUUGACUCGUCCAUCCAAUCAUCGUCGCAAGAAGGCGGCACUAACAUUACCCAUGCUCAUCGAUUGAUAGAUGAUUUUGGUAUGACGCCCUUUCACAUUUUGUUAUCAGCUGCAAAUUGCAGACUUGACCUUUUGCAAGUCCUGUUGGAUGCGUAUCCACCGAGUAUCCUUGGAUGGGAAGACGUGAACGGAAAGACUGCCAUCGAAUACUAUUGUCAACAAAGCUAUCAUAGGUCGGAAGAUUCACGAAAUAUGCUUCGGAUGGCUCUUCAUCGAUGGCUGGUAGACUCCAUAUCGAGUUGGAAAGGAUUGGAAGCAUGGAAAUUGGACAUGUCGAAUAGGGUGAAUGGUAUUGUUGCCGAGGAGGAAGUGACACAAAGACAAUAUUUGCUUCAAGGAGCAUCGGUGGCUCUGUCGCUCUAUGAGCGAAUGGAAGCUACAAGUUUGCUAGAGUUGUCUUUGUGGAAAAUGGAGUUGAACUUGUCUGCAUAUGGAACGGCAAUCGACAAAAAUAACAGAGAAGCAUAUCGGAUUCGAAGUGGUGCUUCGGUUAUCAUCCCAAAUGCAGUUGCAUUUCUUUAUGAAACCAAUCUGGCAUAG